AUGGCUGCAACGCGAACUUCGUCCCGCCAGGCCGCCCAGAAGGCCAAGGAAGCGAUUACAGGCACUGCGGAGCCUAAGAGUCAAGGUACCACUGGCACCAAGCGCAAGGGAGCUACGGAAAAAGCUCCGGAAUCGAAGAAGGGAAAGAAGGGUGAUAAAGAACCGAAGAAGGGACCGGGGGAGAACAAAGAAGAAGUAGACCAGAAAGCGAAGGAAGAGGAGCCUCCUAAGCCAUCUCAUAACGAGGAGAGAGUAAAGGAAGAGGAGAAGGAGGCGAAAGAAGAGGCGAAAGAGGAGAAGAAGGAUGAAGGAGAACCAAGCAAGGCCGGUGCAGAAGCAGAGGGGAAGUCCGCUGAAGACGAGAAGCCAUCUGAUAGGAUUGAAGCCGGUGUUAGAAAAUCGCAAGAGCGAGAAGAAAUCGUGCCGUCAAACAUCCUCGAAAAAGGAAUCAUUUACUUCUUUUAUCGUCCGCGCGUCAAUGUUGAAGAGCCACACAGUAUGAAAGAAGUCGCCCGAAGUUUCGUCGUUUUGCGCCCAACACCGAUAGGAGCAACAAUUGAUGGGAAGCAAGGCUCGCUUGAGCCUGGUGCGAGCUGUCGCUUGAUCGUCCUUCCUAAGAAGAAAUUCCCAACAUCAGCUAGAGAACGGGAUAUGGCAUUCGUGGAGAAGGGAGGACAGUCUAUGAGAGAGUUGAAAGAAAGCUUCAUUUCUGGGGGCAAGUACGAAACCUCGACACGAGGCGAGCGCACGGUUGAAGAGGCCAGACCAUAUGCUGAAGGAGUAUAUGCCAUCACUUCGACGAAGCGGGCCUCACAUCUUGCCUACAUCAUUACUAUACCCGACGAACUCGGCUCGGUACAGGAGGACUUUGGUCUUCGCGGACGUGGUAGCUGGAUCGUGCAGGCCAAGAACCCUAAAUUCCCCGGUCCAGCUAGCGCACAGCUUCCCAAGAAACCAGAAUAUCCUGAGGAAAUCCACGAGAAAUUCGCCGAUUAUCGAUGGGUGCCACUGGAGCCCGUGUUCAUCAAUUAUCCCAACGCACAAUUUCUCAUGAUCGGUGAAGCCCAAGAUGAACUUGGAAAGGCUGCUAUUGCGGAGCCUGGUGGAAAGAAAGAAAACCAAGAACAACCGGGCGAGGAAUUGGAGAAGCUUGAGCACGAGAAUGAAGAGCGAAUUGAAGCUCUGCAGGGUGAUGCUACUGUUUAUCAAGAUCUAGGAUUGGAUGCGAAGAAUUAUCCCCAAGUGCCGACUACUUGGGAUGAUCAUUCCUAG